ACUUGACUUUUACAAAUUACAAAUCUAAUUUGUACUCAGUUUGGAUUGUUGUUAUAUAUGUUUCACUAUCGUAUUGUUUUAAUGUAUAUAACGUUUGGAUAGAUUGUAUCGUUUUCUGUUCUACAAAAUAUGACAGGAUCAUCAAUUUGAAGAAAGGGGUAGGGUAGAAUUACUAUAUACAAAAAAAAGUAGGGUAAAAGAUGAAAUAUUGUUAUUAAAUAAUAACUAAUUUUUUAAGGUAACUACAUUAUUACACGGAAUUGUUUGUGAAUUGUGAUAGAAUUCAGUAAAGUUUAAGUAACUACACAAUACAACAGGUAAUGCUGCUGCUCUACUAAAUUGAUGUUUUUUGUUUACAUAGAGAUGGCUAAUGCUGCUGUGAUUUCUCUGGUACGAUCUUUGGAGCAACUCGUGCAGCGAAAACCACAUUUGAUAAGUGAUGAAACAAGAAGAAUGGUGGACUCUGUCCAUGAUAGUCUUGAAUGUUUCCAAGACUUUCUUGAGAGCACUAGCAAGAGAAGGCAAAAACAUUGUAGAAAGGUUGAAGAGUUGGAGAGAGAGAUUAGAAUGGAAGUCGAAAAAGCAGAAGAUGUGAUUGAACUAAAGAUCAUGUAUGGAAUAAUGAAAAAAAAGGGAUUAUCCAAGACUUUCUUGAGAACGCUUGUAGGAAAGAUUGAUGCAACAAGGGAAAGAAAGGCAAUACGCAAAACGUUGCUACCAUUUGUAAAAAAGAUUGAUGCUGUGAAGAGUAAUGUGAUGGGCAUUAGUUUUGGUACAAAUCAAGUUCAAGGCUAUGAUGAUUCUACUACAAAUGAGGAUUUGUUGCCUGGUCAUUCAUCUAGAAAUAUUGCAAAACUAAAUCCAGAAAAUAUUGUCGUGGGUCUUGAAGAUGACCUCGUGAGAAUAAUCAGAAGACUAAAAGGGCCAACAUUAAGUCGAGAGAUUAUCCCCAUUUUAGGAAUGGGGGGAAUAGGAAAAACCACUCUUGCUAGAAAGGCAUUUGAUGAUUUUGAAACUAGGAAUCGAUUUGACAUCCAUAUUUGGGUGACUGUAUCUCAAGAGUAUCGGAUAAGAGGUAUGCUGUUGGACAUUCUUCGUUCUACUUCAGACGAGACCAAUGAAGAGUCUAAUAUUGAUCGGUUGAUGGAUAUGAUAUACAAGAAGUUAAAGGGUUGGAGGUAUCUUGUUGUAAUGGAUGAUAUUUGGAGUAGUGAGGUCUGGGAUCUUAUGACAAGAACUUUUCCAGAUGAUAACAAUGGGAGCCGAAUUAUUUUGACUAGUAGGCAAGAAGAGGUUGCUAUUCAUGCAGAUCCUGAUAGCAAUCCUCAUAAAAUGAACCUCUUAAACUCGGAUAAUAGUUGGAAGUUAAUCCGUGACAGAGUGUUUGGGGUAGAACAUGCAUGUCCUCCUGAAUUGGAGGAUAUUGGAGAACAAAUAGCACAAAGAUGCCAAGGACUGCCCUUAGCUCUUCUAGUGGUAGCGGGACAUCUCUCUAAAAUUUCUAGAACACGAGAAAGUUGGAACGAUGUUUCCAAAAGUGUAAGUAAAGUUGUUGCUGAUGAAUCAGAUAUAUGUCUAGGAGUGCUUGCUAUGAGUUACAAUUACUUACCUGAUCAUCUUAAACCAUGUUUCCUUUACAUGGGAGUCUUUCCCGAAGACAGUGUUGUUAACAUUGUUAGAUUGAUCAACUUAUGGAUUUCUGAGGGUUUUAUAUCAGAUGAAUUAGUCGGAAGAGAUUGUAUGGAGGAUCUUGUUAGCAGGAAUCUGGUAAUGGUUAGAAACAGGAGUUUUGAUGGUGAGGCAAAAACAUGUGGUGUCCAUGAUCUGAUUCGUGAUUUGAUUUUAAGAGAAGCCGAGAAAGAGAAGUUCCUAGAGGUUACUAGAAUUCAUGAAGCCACUAAUCCUUCGGCAGAGAAGCUUAGAAGUACUCGUCGCUACUGUUUCCAUUCACACAAUCAGGCUGCUUUUUGGAAGCUAUCCAGUAUCAUCCGAACAUUGCACUUCUUCGAUGGAUUUCAAAAACUUUCUAAACAAGUUCCUCUUUUGGUGUCCUUCAAAUUGCUAAGAGUGUUAGCAAUCCUAAAUGAUACAUUUCCAACGUUCCCACUUGAGAUAACAAAAUUAGUACAACUCAGAUACCUUCAAUUCACUUGUUAUGAUAAUAUUCACUGGUCAGUGUCAAAGCUUUAUAAUCUGCAGACAUUCAUUCUUGGUUACGGAGUUGCAGGUUUAUUACCUCCAACCAUUCCUGAGGGAAUUUGGCAAAUGAGAAACCUAAGGCAUCUUCAUAUCGGUGACUUCUUUUCUUUCCCUAUUCCAUCAAACAAGCUACAAAAUCUACAGGAACUCUCUCGUCUAGCUUUGAGUAGCUGCACUUGUGAAUUAUUUUCUGCUAUUCCCAAUCUUAAAAAGCUGAAGAUUAUUGGAAAUUAUCUGAUGGAAAUGAAGAGAGAGCGCCUAAAUAGCCUUUCCUGUUUAGAAAAACUUGAAAUCUUGAAGUACAGGGAUGACGGGAUACAACCUUCUCAAAUCCCAAGUAAGUAUGUUUUGCCUGCAUCACUGAAGAGGUUGACUUUAAGUUGCACUAGUUUACCAUGGGAAGACAUGGCAAAUAUUAUAACAUUGCCAAACCUCGAGGUGCUUAAAAUUAAAGACAACGGAUUUCUUGGUGAUGUAUGGAUGUUAAACGAUGAAGAGAAUUUCAAGCAACUUAAGUUCCUCCUAAUCAGUUGGACAGGUUUGAAGCACUGGAAAGCUGGUAGUGUUAACUUCCCAAAGCUGCAACGCCUAUUUCUGAAAAGAUGCAUGAACCUGGAGGAAAUCCCUCAAGACUUUGGGGACAUAUGUACCUUGGAAUCAAUAGAGUUGCAUAAAUGCAGUAUAUCCGCUGCUACAUCAGGCAAAAACAUUCAAGAAGAACAGGAGAGCAUAGGGAAUGAAUGUCUUAGUGUCCUCAUCUAUAAUCAUCCGUGAUUAACAAAGUUGUGGAGAAAAUGGCGUGCGUAUGAUUGACUCGACUCGACUCUCUAACAAGAAGAGAUCACUUGUAACUUGUUCAUUCUGCAAGUUAAGUCUCUUUUAUGUUCCUUAUAACAAUGUUCAAAGGACCUGAUUGUUAUGUAGGUUGUGUUGCUCUUUAAUUUUGCAAGCUAAACAUUAUAUCACUAGAAUUACAUUGUCAUUUCCAGACGAGUUUGAGUACUCUGAUUUAUUUACUACUCUUUAAAAAUUCAUGGUUAUAGAA